AUGAGGAACUCAGAUUCUGUACUUCCACUUCUCAGUAUGGAUCGUUGGAGGCGGAGGUGUGGUGUGGAAGAUGUAUUGCGACGUCUUGUUGUCGAUCUCACAGACGCACGGCCGGAUGAUGUUAUGGCGUUUAUACAUCAGUGGAGUUCUCCACCGCCCGUUGGCAGCGAAGUAAAUAAAGAUGCGAAUGAAGAUAAAGAAAUACGUCAGAGACAUGAAUCCCAUAUCACCGAUUUAGAGACGAUGAGUAGUCGAGAAGGGAAUCAAUCCGUGGAAUGGCCCUCAAAGUUAGAUUCCCAUGGACAAGAAGAAUAUGAUCAGCAGGAAUCCCAUCCACAACAACAACAACUACAACGUCGCAGUAGUGACAACUGGGCACGGGAGGAAAAACCAACCGUGCAGGAGUUGCAGUCGCUUUAUCUUGAUGCGAAGAAUUCUCCAUAUGAGUUUCUACUGGGUGAAGGGGAUUAUGCAGCCCAUUUUGCGCGGGAUGGUUCCAUCUCAUUAAGUAUUAAUAGCCUUGGUGUCUGUCUAGGACGUGGUAACUAUGGAUUUGUUGUACCUGCUAUACCCAAAUCUGCUUUACAAGGGGAAUUGGAAAAAGAUCUCAGUUCUGGUUUUACGGAAAAAGAUAUUUUACAUGCUAUAGAGAAAGGUUGUGUGAUUGCUAUUAAAGUCAGUCGUGUACAGGCAUUAUGGUCUUUAGAUGAGGUAAAUACCUUGCGCCGUGUAACGGUCUGUCGAGAACUUCUUGAACGUGAAGUUCAGGAACUGCGAAAACAAAUUGAAGCCCAUGGUGUUUCCGAAGAAGAUGGCGCUGUGCGACAAUAUCGGUUUCCACAAAAACAGCAGCAACAACCACAACAACAAGAAGAACAAGAACAAGAACAACAGCAAGCUGCAUGUCCAACUGGGAAUGUUAAUAUAAAUGAUCUUAAAGUGCAACUCCAGAUCCAAAAUACGUUCUUGGAAGGAGCCCGUCAUAUCACUACUCUUGUAGGUGAUGUGAUGUACGAUACCCAGCGAGAUGCGUUACUUUUUCCUCUUGAAUUCUAUCCAUCUUCUUUAGGGGAAAGCAUCAGAGCCCGCCGCAGACGUUGUGUGGGUUCAUUUCCCACACAAGAUUGUUUUCCAGAUGUAGUUGUUAAUGAUCGAGGUGAAACGGCGAUGGCCCUUCUCUUCUCUGUGCAAGAGAUACAACACGUUGUGCGUAGCCUCUGUUUAUCAUUACACUUUCUUCACACUAUUUGUGGUCUCUGUCAUCUUGAUAUAAAGGCAGAUAAUAUUUUCCUCUCCCAUGCAUGGGUUUCGGAUCAAUCAAAUGGAACUCCUGUUGUUCCCCCGCAUGUUGUCUUGGGUGAUUUCGGUCUUGCCCAACCCAUUGGAUCUCCCAUUCUUCAACUCGGGGAUUUUAGUACAAUGGCCCCGGAGGUGUAUUGGGCAGAAUCACAUGAUGAAACCAAAUACGCCCCUUACCGUUCUUCUGUGUUUAGCGCCUCUCAUGAUCUCUGGGCGGUGGGAUGUGUGUUGCUGCAGAUGGCGAAUGGUGUGGACUACGCGGUGUGGUCCCCGGGGGAUGUGUUUACGGCCCUCGAGGCCAAUUUCAUCGCCCCCGCCCCCCGACACCCGCAGGUGUGGCCAAUGGCACUGAACGACUUCGCCGCCCGCUGUUUUGAACGCGACCCUCGACGCCGAAUGAACGCCGCUGCCGCCCUUCAACACCCGUUCCUUGCGGGUCCGUAG